AUGUCUUCCAUCAACUCCAACACUCACUCGGCUACGAAGCCCGAAGCCGAAACCGACGUGAGGGCACACACUUCAGAAGACACUCGCAGUGAGCAGCUGGCCCUUACUGGAAAGACGAGUCCUGGUGUUGCACGCAUAGAAGCCAUCAAUGCCCACCUCACUUCCUUCGACCGCUGGUUCCUUGGAAUCGGUGUUUUCUUGAUCGCAUAUGCCUACGGUCUGGAUGGAACCAUCAGAUAUACCUAUCAGAGCACUGCCCUUUCCGACAUUGGCCAGCACUCGUUGCUUUCGACCGUCAACAUUGUUCGCACGGUAAUUGCUGCUGCUGCCCAGCCCACGGCUGCAAAGAUUGCCGAUGUUUUCGGCCGCGUCGAGCUCGUUUACGCCUCCGUAUUCUUCUACAUCCUGGGCACCAUCAUCGAGGCCGCUGCACACAACGUCAGUGCUUUUGCUGCUGGUGCCAUCUUCUACCAGAUCGGCUACACCAUCGUUACUCUUCUCGUAGAGGUCAUCGUCGCCGAUAUCACCUCUCUUCGUUCUCGUCUCGCAUGGUCCUACAUUCCUGCCUUGCCCUUCCUGAUCAACACCUGGGUCUCGGGAGAUAUCGCAUCCGCUGUCUUGAAGGACACAACCUGGCGCUGGGGUAUUGGCAUGUGGGCCAUUAUCUACCCCAUCUGCGCCAUUCCUCUGAUCGUUGCUCUCUUCAUCGCAUCCGGCCGCGCGAAGAAGGCCGGAGCUCUUGCCAACUACCAGUCUCCGUUCAAGCGAAAUGGCUUCAGUAACACUCUCGUCGCCCUUUUCUGGCAACUCGAUGUUAUCGGUAUAAUUUUGAUGAUCGCUAUGUUCGCUCUCAUCCUUGUGCCAUUCACCAUUGCUGGCGGCGUCAAGGACACAUGGGGAACUGCUCAUGUCAUUGCUCCUCUGGUCAUUGGCAUCUGCGUCAUCCCCUGUUUCGUCUUCUACGAAAGACAGGCUCCUCACCCUCUUGUGCCAUUCCAUCUUCUCAAGGACCGCAGCGUGUGGGCUGCUCUUGGAGUUGCUUGGAUGCUCAACUUCAUCUGGUAUAUGCAAGGAGGUUUCCUUUACACAGUCAUCGUUGUUGCCUUCGAUCAAAGCGUCAAGUCCGCUACUCGUAUCACUUCACUUUACAGCUUCGUUUCUGUUUUGACUGGAGUCUGCCUUGGUCUUCUCAUUCGAUUCGGCAUUCCCCUUCCUGGAAGACGUUACCGCGUCCCUUACUUGAAGCCGUUCAUUGUUUUCGGCACUCUGAUGUUCAUGGUUGCCUUCGGUAUCCUGCUCCGAUUCAGAGGUGGUCUUAGCCAGAGCUCGUAUGCCGGUGUUAUCGCGGCCGAGGUCGUCUUGGGUUUCGCCGGUGGUCUGUUCCCUUACCCUACCCAGACUCUCAUCCAAGCAGCUACCCAGCACGAACACCUUGCCUUGGUCACCGGUCUUUACCUCGCAAUCUACAACAUUGGCUCGGCUUUCGGCUCCACUGUCUCUGGCGCCUUGUGGUCUCAGGUCCUUCCUUCAGAGCUCGAGCGUAACCUGGCUGCCGUCACCAACAAUGCUACCGUAGCCAUCUACGCUUACAGCAACCCUCUGUUCUUCAUUCUUGACUACCCUGUUGGAACUCCCGAGCGCGAUGCCGUCAUUACAUCAUACAGGCACAUCCAACGUUUGUUGUGUAUCACUGGUAUCUGCCUCUGCGUUCCGCUCAUUGCUUACUCAUUGUGCCUGCGCAACCCUCGUCUGGGCAAGGAGCAAUCGCUGCCUGAUGCAGAGAAGACCAUCUCUGAGACUUCGAGCGAAGCCGGUGUUCAGGAGGUGUCCAAGAAGAGUGGCCUCUUCAACAAGCUCUUCUAA